AAUUCACACAAAUUCCUUAGCCAAAAUAAGGUUUUUUUUUAAUGUGAUGUGAGAAUUUGGGUGAAGAGAAAGAUGAAGACUAUUAGUGGAUUAGGUAUUGGUUUGAGUUUAGUGUUUGGGUUUCUUCUACUAGCACUUGUUGCAGAAGUCUAUUACCUUCUGAGAUGGAAGAAGCACAAGAAGAGAGUCACAAGCCAAGAGAGUGAAGAAGAGAAAGAAGAAGAACAACCAAACGGAUACGCUAAAGAACUUAUCCAGCUCUUCUGCUUCAAAAAGCCUCAAUCUCUGCAGCAAAACAAUGGAGGAAGAGAAGGUGAAAUCUCAAUGAAUCAAGAUGGGAAUCCAGAUUUGGAACUAGGGUUGAUGAAACACUUGAAUGGAGGAGAUCUAGGGUUUGAAGCAGAGCUUAUGAAGCUUCAUAACCAGAGGUUUCUAUUCACAAUCAUGGAAGAGACAAAAGCAGAUUUGGAAUCUGAUGAUGGUAGCAAAUCAAGAUUUGGUUCAAGAUCAAGAAGAAGAAGCUUGAGUGAUGUUCCUAAUGACUGUAAUACCCCUGGAUUCACUCCAUUGGCUUCUCCUACUACACUAAAGUCUUCUCCUUUGGAGUCUUAUCCACACCAUGGAUUCAAUCCUCUGUUUGAAUCAGACGGUGAGCUUGAGUUUAACAAGUUUUUCAGGUCGUCUUCUUCACCUCCACCGAAGUUUAAGUUCAUGAGAGAUGCUGAAGAGAAGCUAAGGAAGAGAAUGAUUGAAGAAGCCAGAAGAAGAGAAGGGUUAGCUUCGGUUGUAACACAAGGUUCGUUUUUGAAGUUCAUGAAUCCUGCGAUAAACAGAGAGAAGAAACAGAGUAUUCAAGAAUCUGAUGAAACGGUGUCGUUUUCUCCUUCUUCUUCUUCAGGUACAACAAAUCUUAGAACGUUAGUGGUUGUUUAGUUUUAGCAUCUCUAGCUCUACUCUUUUAAUUUUUAAUUUUUGGUUGAAAUUUUUUUCAAGAAUUUCAAUUUUAUUUGUGUGAAAAUUCUAUCUUUCCUUUCUCUCGUUCUUGUUAUUUGGGAAUGAUUUUCUUCUGUACGUAUCAAUCUGAAAAAUUUGCAGAUGCUUGUUUUAAUUUCGUCUUAAGAAAAAUUAUAAGCUGAU